AUGGCGAUGAGGUAUUAUGAAGCACGAGUUGAAAAGUUUAGAUGCUGGCUAACCAAAUCGUGGAUGUAUUUUGUUGAGCAAACUAUAUUCAGCAAAGAGCAAGAAUCAGGAGCCAUGUGCAUAUGUGGGUAUGCGGAAGUUUGGAGGACGUUGACGCGGUGCACAAGUUCUUGGAGCAGUUUGGAGGAGGUGAUGCCUUACCGUAGCGCGGGUCUCCUAAGAAUGGAAUGGUGCCGUUGUGAUGCGAAGCCUACCAUGAAGAAUUACUCAAUGUUUCUAAAUGGUAUGGAGUUUCGUCGGCAUACAUCAGCUUUUGACAACAGUUGGUUCAUUGACAGCAGCGAGGGAUGUGGCUUCACUCACCUGCAGUUGCUUUAG